AUGUUUGUGCUUCAUGAACCCCAAAAGCUGCAGAUUCUGUAUGAAUCCCUGGAAAAGAGCAUCCCUGAGUCCUUGAAGGCAUAUGGUGCCAUUUUCAACAUUAAAAAUAAAACCCCAUUCAACAUGGAGAUGCUGGUGGAUGCCUGGCCAGAUUAUCAGACGGUAAUUACUCGGCAUUGGAAAGAGUUAUCAGGAAAAUUAGAGCACAACUCACCUGUAACAACCUCUAAGGGAGUGUUAGCUGCAGAAGGAGAUGACCUGGAUCAUUAUACCAACACUUACCACAUCUUCACCGAAGCUCCUGACAAGUUAGAGGAAGUCCUGGCAUGCCCCCAGGUUAUCAGUUGGGAACAAACUUUCCAGAUCCAAGGUUGCCAAGUGAAUGUGGGGGAGGUAUUAAGAAAGAUUUCAGCUGCAAAAUCAGCGCAGGUAGAUCACUUGAAGACCACACUCAUUAUGACAGAAAUACCAGUGGAACCCAAGACAUCAAGUGAUGACCAGAUGGCUUUGGUGGAGUCAUUUAGCAUGCCCAAAGUGGAUGAAGAUAGCAAGAAAGGAAGAUUUCAGAACAUCUUCUUGGAUGCUUCCCAUGUGGGGCUUGUGAAUGAGCAGUGGAACUUUGGAAAAAAUGAAAGGAGCUUCUGCCUCCAGAAUUUUCCAGGAUUUGGUGUGCUGGGUCCAGAGGGGGACCCUAUUUCUUGGAUUAUGAUGGAACAGUCUUGUGUGAUGAGAAUGGGUUACACUGUCCCCAAAUACCGAGACAAAGGCUACAUGAAGAAAAUCUGUUUUCACUUCAUAAAGUAUUUUAUUCAGAAAAAAAUGCCAUUUUAUUUCCAUGUGUCAAGAGAUGAAGAAAACCUUCAGGCACUGAGAAGUAUAGGGCUUAAGGUUGCUCCCUGUGGCUGGCAUCAGUGGAAAUGCACUCCUAGAAAAUAUUAUUGA